CUGGUGUCCCCACUAGUAAAGGCGGAUUGCUCGAUUCUCCCCAUGGCUCGUCUCUACGUAAUGGUGCGAUCUUUCUACUAAUGAGGUUUAAUCGAGAUCCUGAGAGGGAAGCCAUCGCUAUUCGGAUGACAGACAUCUGAGACAUUUCUGAUAACAAUCGGACGUCUCAGACUCUAUCCGUGCCGAUUACGACAAACUUCUUUUGGAAGGAUGUCUGUGUUUUCCCUCGCGCCAAAGCCAGCAAGUUUGCUAGGCUAUCACCGAGUGCUGGCGCCCUCUGCUGGCAUCAAAGUAUCGCCUCUAUGUCUUGGAACGAUGAACUUUGGGGAGGCCUGGAAGGAGUUUAUGGGCGAGUGUAACAAGGAGCAGUCCUUUGCAGUGCUGGACGCUUUCUACGAAUUGGGCGGUAAUUUUCUGGACACCGCAAACAACUAUCAACAGGAAGAGUCCGAGAUGUGGCUGGGGGAAUGGAUCAAGAAACGUGGUAAUCGAGAUCAAUUAGUUAUCGCAACCAAGUACACGACUGGAUUUCGAACAUCACAUUUCGAUACGGAGCCUCUGCAGUCCAACUUCGUGGGUAAUUCCACGAAGAGCAUGCGAAUCUCGGUCAACCACAGUCUGCAGAAGCUUCAGACUGAUUACAUUGACCUGCUAUAUGUCCAUUGGUGGGACUUUACUACAUCCGUCGAAGAGGUCAUGCAUGGACUUAACGCCCUGAUCACUUCUGGCAAAGUACUGUAUCUCGGGGUCUCGGACACUCCAGCCUGGAUCGUGGUGAAGGCCAAUGAUUACGCACGAUCUAAUGGCUUAAGACCGUUCUCUGUCUAUCAAGGUAAAUGGAACGCUGGUUUCAGAGAUCUUGAGAGAGAUAUUAUCCCUAUGUGCCGUGACCAAGGAAUGGCUAUCGCCCCCUGGGCACCUCUAGGCCAAGGCAAAUUUAAGUCGGCUGAGCAACGGAAUAGUGAGCAUAAUGCUGGAAGUGCGAGGGCUUCAGCCCUGAGUGAGAAUGACAUCAAGGUGUCUGAAGCACUGGAGAAAAUCAGCAAGAGAAAGAACACUAGCAUCCAUGCUAUCGCGAUUGCGUAUGUGAUGCAUAAAACUCCCAACGUUUUCCCCAUUAUCGGGCAGCGGAAGGUUGAACAUCUCAAAGCCAAUAUCGAAGCCCUCAGUGUGGUCCUAUCCGAUGAGGACCUGGCUGAAAUUGACAAUGCGGUUCCGUUUGAUGUUGGCUUUCCAAUGAAUUUUAUCUUUCGCGAUCACUAUUCUUCCAACAGCACGGCAGCAGAUGUCUUUCUGACGAAGGUGUCUGCUCAGAUUGAAGUUUCCCCACAUCCUGCGCCAGUGCGGCCUCGUAAGGCGUGACGAUCUAACUAACAUGUUUUGCUUCCUUGGUCUUGUUAUCACUGGGCUUCCUGUCAUGUAUGCAGUUCGUCUGAUUUAAGUAGCUAUAGUUAAGUCCAGC